CAUAUCAGUGGCCUAUACAUAGAUAAAGGGAAAUUUCGUGUAGUUUCCUUUUAAGGAAUGAUCCACCACGUGACUUCAGAAUAAAUUUCAGACAACCUGAAGGAGGAAUAUCUCCCCCAUCGUAAAGACUUGCAAGUUUAAAGUUACUCAAUGACGUCAGCAGCAAGUGUUAACGUCACGAACAAUGACGUCAGAACUGUCCAAAUUGGAAAUGGGAAUACGGUCCUCAAUUUCCCAGAUGAAAUAGACUUGAAUUUGAACAUGAAAAUAAAUACCAAAAGUGAUGUCGUUAACGUCACCCCGAACAUCACGGUGUUGGUUGCUGAUAAGAAAGAAGAAACAGCAUCCAGCGUUAUACCAGACGGUGAGAUAGAGGUCAGGGUCACGGAUGUUUCAGACGGAGGUGUUGAGGAUGAAAUGUCUGUUGAUAAAACAGCAGCAAGCGCUACCUGGACAGAAAGCAUAUUUCAAACAGCCAGAAAUAUAUUCUCCAUGAGAACGUACUUUUACGGCUCGGUGUCGGGGCAGUCUGAUGACAGUGUGACAAUCCUGGACAGACACCGGGUGCCCCUAGAACCAGGGGACAUCGUCCUCGCAGAUACCUUUGUACUGUAUUCAGGUGGAGGAAGUAUUCUGAGACGAGAGCAGGACACAGGAAUGGUCAUCAAGACGAAGUUGGACGUAGACUCCGAGUUUGAAAAAUGGGAAUUCUGGAACACUCGCGACUAUUACGACUUCUACACCCCUUCUGAACGGAUAGCAAGAGCCUGCAGCAUCAUCGACUGUGUCUUCGAGGGGUCGGAUUGUGACUUUGUGUGUUGGUGCUACGCAGGGAUGAUGUGGGAAGAGGCUCACUGCAAUGGAUACGCAUUAUAUUGCCGGUAGACUGGUCACCAUGGAAACGAGUGGAGGGAUGAACGUUUAACUGGAUGUGAACAGAUUUUCAAAGAUACAGUGAGCGAUUGAAUGCUGAUUUCGUUACACCAGCAAAGUGAUGAGGAGUGUAUUUACUGUUUCCCCAACCUGUCGUGGUGAAUUCCCGACAAUCUCUUGGAGAAUGAGGCUGACCCGUAACAAACGUCCUUGGUUGACCGCAAGGAUCUUUGGGUACCCGAGUCAGUCUUGCCUGAGACAGAUGAACUUGGUUGACAAUGAUCUCUGAGUAGGAGAGUCAGUCUUGCCCGUUAGAGAUGCACUUGGUUGACCGCAAGGAUCUUUGGGUAGGGGAGUCGGUCUGGCCUGUGACAGAUGCACUUGGUUGACAAUGAUUUCGGGGUAGGAGAGUCGGUCUUGCCUGUGACAGAUGCACUUGGUUGACAAUGAUCUUUGGGUAGGAGAGUCAGUCUUGCCCGUGACAGAUGCACUUGGUUGACAAUGAUCUUUGGGAAGAAGAGUCAGUCUGGCCUGUGACAGAUGCACUUGGUUGACAAUGAUCUUUGGGUAGGAGAGUCUGUCUAGCCUGUGACAGAUGCACUUGGUUGACCGCAAGGAUCUCUGGGUAGGAGAGUCAGUCUUGCCCGUUAGAGAUGCACUUGGUUGACCGCAAGGAUCUUUGGGUAGGGGAGUCGGUCUGGCCUGUGACAGAUGCACUUGGUUGACAAUGAUUUCGGGGUAGGAGAGUCGGUCUUGCCUGUGACAGAUGCACUUGGUUGACAAUGAUCUUUGGGUAGGAGAGUCAGUCUUGCCUGUGACAGAUGCACUUGGUUGACAAUGAUCUUUGGGAAGAAGAGUCAGUCUGGCCUGUGACAGAUGCACUUGGUUGACAAUGAUCUUUGGGUAGGAGAGUCUGUCUUGCCUGCGACAGAUGCACUUGGUUGACAAUGAUCUCUGGGUAGGAGAGUCAGUCUUGCCUGUGACAGAUGCACUUGGUUGACAAUGAUUUCGGGGUAGAAGAGUCAGUCUUGCCUGCGACAGAUGCACUUGGUUGACAAUAAUCUCUGGGUAGGAGAGUCUGUCUUGCCCGUGACAGAUGCACUUGGUUGACAAUGAUCUUUGGGUAGGAGAGUCAGUCUUGCCUGUGACAGAUGCACUUGGUUGACAAUGAUUUCGGGGUAGGAGAGUCAGUCUUGCCUGCGACAGAUGCACUUGGUUGACAAUGAUCUCUGGGUAGGAGAGUCUGUCUUGCCUGCGACAGAUGCACUUGGUUGACAAUGAUUUCGGGGUAGGAGAGUCGGUCUUGCCCGUGACAGAUGCACUUGGUUGACAAUGAUCUUUGGGUAGGAGAGUCAGUCUUGCCUGUGACAGAUGCACUUGGUUGACAAUGAUCUUUGGGUAGAAGAGUCAGUCUUGCCUGUGACAGAUGCACUUGGUUGACAAUGAUCUUUGGGUAGGAGAGUCAGUCUUGCCUGCGACAGAUGCACUUGGUUGACAAUGAUCUUUGGGUAGGAGAGUCGGUCUUGCCCGUGACAGAUGCACUUGGUUGACAAUGAUCUUUGGGUAGGAGAGUCAGUCUUGCCUGUGACAGAUGCACUUGGUUGACAAUGAUCUUUGGGUAGGAGAGUCAGUCUUGCCUGUGACAGAUGCACUUGGUUGACAAUGAUCUUUGGGUAGAAGAGUCGGUCUGGCCUGUGACAGAUGCACUUGGUUGACAAUGAUCUUUGGGUAGGAGAGUCAGUCUUGCCUGUGACAGAUGCACUUGGUUGACAAUGAUCUUUGGGUAGGAGAGUCGGUCUGGCCUGUGACAGAUGCACUUGGUUGACCGCAAGGAUCUUUGGGUAGGAGAGUCGGUCUGGCCUGUGACAGAUGCACUUGGUUGACAAUGAUCUUUGGGUAGAAGAGUCAGUCUUGCCUGUGACAGAUGCACUUGGUUGACAAUGAUCUUUGGGUAGGAGAGUCAGUCUUGCCUGUGACAGAUGCACUUGGUUGACAAUGAUCUUUGGGUAGGAGAGUCGGUCUGGCCUGUGACAGAUGCACUUGGUUGACAAUGAUCUUUGGGUAGGAGAGUCAGUCUUGCCUGUGACAGAUGCACUUGGUUGACAAUGAUCUUUGGGUAGGAGAGUCAGUCUUGCCUGUGACAGAUGCACUUGGUUGACAAUGAUCUUUGGGUAGGAGAGUCGGUCUGGCCUGUGACAGAUGCACUUGGUUGACAAUGAUCUUUGGGUAGGAGAGUCAGUCUUGCCUGUGACAGAUGCACUUGGUUGACAAUGAUCUUUGGGUAGAAGAGUCGGUCUGGCCUGUGACAGAUGCACUUGGUUGACAAUGAUCUCUGGGUAGGAGAGUUAGUUUUGCCUGUGACAGAUGCACUUGGUUGACCGCAAGGAUCUCUGGAUAGGAAAGUGAGCGUGACAAAGUAUAUUUCAGCAAUGAAUUUACACAUGGCAGUUGUAACCCAAUAACAUAGAAUGCUCAGUCUGCUGCUCAGCUGCUAUGAGGAGAUUUCAUAUGUAUACUAGUAUACCGUAUACACGCACAUCACCAUUGAUAUAUUUUCCGUGUACAUCACAAAGUCUGUCUGUACAUUCUGCCAAAUAAACAUUUUCACAUUCAAACAGA